ACUAUUACUCAGCCGUUGAAAGGAACAAAUGUGUGCUACAUCACGGGUCCAGUCCGGGUUCCCACCAAGCUGGGUAACUCAGGCAGAAAAGGGUUUACUUUGCUCCCCAGUCCUGCCUGAGGUCGAGGGGCCACAUUUGGCAUUGCCUUCUAGUGGACAGGGUCCAGAGGCGACUCUGACUGGGAAAGGGGACAAAGAUUUCCGACACCAAUGACCUCGGCGAGGCUCCCUCCCAGCCGCAGGUGUCUGCAGGGGACUCGGCAUGGCAGAGAAGGGAAGGCAAGGCACAGCGAGAGCCAGGGAGGCUGGUUGUGCGUCCCACCGCUGGCAGCGCAGGAGCGGAAACUGCACCCUGAAAGCAGGAAUGGAACUGGAGGCCUGGACUCCUUGUCCCCAGCAGGUAAGGGGGCGUGGACACGGAGGGCUGAACAAUAGGUUACUCCAGAAGGGACUGUGGGCCCUCGGGAGCCUCGGCCUCCAGGGAGGGCGGGGGCCAGCCUCUGGGAGGCUGAGGCAGGAGGACUGAGUUUGCAUCCAGACCGGGCAACUUGACAAGACCCUGUCUCAAAAUAAAGUACAAAUGAAGAAGGGCUGGGGAUGUAGCUCGGUGGGAAGGUCCCGGGUUCAGUCCCCAGGAGUAGCGGACGGCUGGGAGUCUAGAAAAUGCGGAGCGCUGGAGACUCAGAUUUCCAGGUCCUGGGGAGGGUAAGGGCGAGGAGUUUGCACGCUGAUUGCGCACAGCUGGAGAGAGGAAGUUAGGGGCUCCCUGAAGUUGAAGAGCUGCCUGCUGGGUUCACAGGAGACAGGAAGUGGUGGCUUGGGGUGAGGCCCGUGGCAAGUGGCCAGUCAGACCCAAGGCUGAGCGGAGCACCAUCCCUCUCCCGUGCUGGACUUUGCCUCUGCGGCACCGGGAAGCCACCUGCCGCCAGCCCGCCGCACCCAGCAAACCUUCCAGCGCGCUGCCACCCAGGCCCGAAGAGACGGGAGGCCCAGAGACUGCCCGGCCCUCCGCUUCCCGCAGGACAGCAUGUGGGGCUACCUGACUCUUCUGCCCCUCUUCCUGGCGCUCUGGGCCAUCGCUGGCGUCUGGAUCGUCUUCGCCAUCGCCGUGGCCAACAGGUCGGUGAACCUCACCCAAGGGUUCCCCUACAUCAGUAUCUGCGGAUCCUACCCGCCUCAGAGCUGCAUCUUCAGCCAGGUUCUCAAUGUGGGGGCGGCUCUGGCUGCCUGGAUCUGCGUUGUGCGAUAUCACCAGCUCCGGGACUGGGGCGUCGGCAGGCGGCUUAACCAGCUGACCCUGUGGUUCGGGCUCAUCUGUGUUCUAGGCACCUCCAUAGUAGGCAACUUUCAGGAAAAGAACCAGAAGCCCACGCACCUGGUGGGGGCCUUCUUUGCCUUUGUCUCAGGCAACAUCUACUUCUGGCUGCAGCUGGUCCUGUCCUGGCGGAUGAAGAGCCUGCCCCAGCCCGGGGAGCCCUGGCUCCGGCUGCUGCGCCUGAGCCUGUGCGGCCUGUGCAGCCUCCUCAUCGUGGCCAUGAUCGUCCUGCACCACUGGCCGCUGCGCUCCGCCUCUGCCGCCUGCGAAUGGGCCUUGGCCAUGCUGCUCUUCGCGCUCUUCGGCCUCUUCGCGGUGGACUUCGCGGACCUCGACGGCUGUGCCCUGUGCCUGCGGCCACGGCCGGGCCUCCAGCCCCCGCCGGCCUCCGCCACGCCCUCGCUGGCCUCCCCCACGUCCUCCCAGCUCCAGCUGUCACGGGCGCUCAGCCCCCACCUCCCUCACAGCGGUGCAGGAAGCGGGCCCGAGCCCCCAGGGGGCCCCCAGGAGGAACCACCAGGGGUCUCUCCCCCGCGCCCGGACGGACUGGGGCUACGGCUCACUCCUGCCCCGGAGCCUGGAGGACACGCGGAGCCAGCCCGGAGCCGGCACCCCUUGCCCGCCUGUCCGUGCCUCUGCAGUGAGGGGGCCCAGGAAGCGAGAGCCCAGCCCAGCUUUUGUCCCUGAUCAAGGCUAU